UGUCUGUCAAUCAAAUUAAAUCACAAAGGUGUUGUUCAACCGCUUUCGACAGGUACGAUGGUGUCGCCCACCAGCGGACCACGGCCACCGACAGCGGUCAACAGUCUACUACGUUUCGUUCGCGGUUUUUAGGGUCACCGGGAUGAAGUGCCGCCCGUCACGGUCGAGAGUUACCGCUACACCGGACCGAAGCCGACUGAUGUAGCCUAGCACCCUGCUAGCUCACCGCUGAGAGCUGUGGUCAUGCUGCAUGAUGUGUGACGGUUGUGAGGCUAGAGAGCAGUGCUUGUCCCUCUCUCCCUCAUCUUGGGCCAGCCGUUCCAUUUAAGCACGUCCCUGAAGUUCCUCGCCCGACCUUACAGGAUGACCGACAGGAAGAAGCCGCCGUUCUGUAAUGAUGACAGCGCGGGAGCGUUGCACCAUAAGCUCCCGUUCUAUGACACUAUGGAGCUCUUCAUAGAGACCCUGACAGGGACCUGUUUUGAGCUGCGUGUGUUGCCCUUCGAGGCUGUCAUUUCAGUCAAGGCAAAGAUUCAGAGGCUGGAAGGUAUCCCUGUUGCCCAGCAACACCUUAUCUGGAACAAUUUGGAGCUGGAGGAUGAGAACUGUCUUCACGACUACGGUAUUGCAGAGGGCUGCACAUUGAAACUGGUCUUGGCUAUGAGGGGAGGGCCAAUUAACACCAGGAGAGUAACCAUCGAUGAUCCUAUCAAAGAGGUUACUGACCUGAUGGAGGGCACAAAGGAGGAGGGCUGGGAGAAAAGCCUGGCCAACAAGCAGGUCACGUUUGUGGUCUACCGAGAAAAUGACCAGUUAAACUUCUUCCGAGUCGUCGACAGGGGAGACGGCACCCUGACCCCUCUGUCUGAAUCCAUGAGUGGCGGCUCGGUGUGCAAUGUGUAUGCAGAAGAGGAGGAGGAGGAGGAAGAUGGAGAGAGUUCUGCAGCUACACAGCAAAGCCUGGAGAACUCCAUCACCAUGAACAAAAUGAAGCUACUCAAAGCCAAGAUGGAGGACAUGAACCUCAGCAAGAAGCCGAAGAAGUCAGCGAAGGUGAAACCGCGGCCCUCCGUCAACCCGCAUCCCUGCGUUGGCUCCCUCGGAGCGACCAGCAGCACACGACACCACCAUCGCCUCUUCCGUUCGCUCUCCCAGAUGAACCAGCCUUGGCCGUCAAACGCACAACUACCUCCUAUCGCAGACCACGAGUCCGUGGACCCCUUCUCGCUCUCCGCUGCUGCGACCUCCGCUCACUUUUCUGCCUCGAGGCGAGCCCCUCCCUCCUUGCCGUCGCCUUCUUGUUACAUGCUUCGGGAAGAGGAGCCCUGGGAGACAUGCCCCUCCUUUGCUAAGAUCCGGCCUCCUCCCAAAGUGUCCCGGUUGGACAUCGGCUGCACCAGGUUGAUGCGGGACUGCGUGUACCCUCAGCUCCCGCCGCUGUGUAUCAGGGGUCCACCUGAAGCGAGCUUCGACCCGGCCGAGCCGGCCGGGGAGGCCGACGGGCCGAGUUUGUUGGAGGAAGCUGCCGGGCUGAUGGCGCCGGUGCAACCUGGAACUCCGUUUGGGGAACUGUUGGACCCCCUGAGUCUAGAUGUGUCCGCCCAGCCGGAAAGUCGGUCACUCGGGGUCGGGGCUCAGCAGCAGUUCCCCAUCUCUGCGUCCCCUCUCGGUACCUGGACCCUUGGGACGAGCGAUGCUCUCACCAGCGAUGGUUCACACCUCGGCACACCAUUUUAUAUGCGCUCCCCCUCACCACCGACUUCGACUGGGCCGCUGCCUCUGGCUUUUGAUUCCACUCUCUCCUGCUUACAGCCCGACCUUCAAGCACAAGUAAAGCCGGGCGGCGCAUCCAAUCACCCCCCCGCCACCGCGUCGACUCAUCCGCUGGGCACUCGCGGUGUUAAAGUGGAGUCACCUGGCAAGAGACCGGGGCUCAUCUCCAAGAGGGAAGCGAGAGGCAUCGCUCAGAUGGCAAACCAGGCCUGGAAGGAGCCAGUCGGGUCCCUGAAACACUCUGACCUCCUGGCGUCUCACUCCACGCGGGCUGCAGACGGCGACCACAGCAGGGACGGCCUGGGAGAGGUCCUGGGGCUCACGCCGGCAUCGCCCCCCUACGGCGCCUCAGGACCGGGCAGCCUCAGCUCCCGGCUGCCGUCCAUCCCGACCAACAGGCUCCUCCAGCACAACCUGAUAAGGCAAAUGUCCCCGCUGCAGCGAGCAGCAGCCUCUUACACGGCCACCGCCCCUCUUUCCUCAGCUGGGGGAGUCAUGACAUCAUUUGGCAGAAUAGGCGCUCCGACAUACCACCUACCUCCAGUCAAGGCCCCCACGGGCAGCAAGAAGAAGAGCUCAAAGCAUUGCUUCCUCUGUGGCAAGAAGACGGGGCUGGCCACCAGCUACGAGUGCAGGUGCGGCCACAACUUCUGCUGCAGCCACCGCUACGCGGAGACUCACGACUGCACAUUCGACUACAAGGGUGCCGGGCGGAGAUUACUGCAAGAGACCAACCCACUUAUCAGCGCUCCCAAGCUGCCGAAGAUCUAGAGCCUCCGACGCCAGCUGAGAGCAGAAGCUUAUUCACCACUGUGUGCUUUUAUUUUUUUACGUUUAUCUUAAUUUUUUAAUAUCAGCCAAGUUUGCUUAAAAUUAAGAAAGUAUUCUGCAAAGCCAAGUGUGAACUAACAAGAGUAGACUGAAAGAACAGAUUUUCGACAAUGUGAAGAUGUUUAUCCUUUUUAUGUUAGUUCUUUUUCCAUUCCGUAAAAGCAAAACAAACAAAAACACUGCUUGUAAUGUAGGUCGUUUUCUGCUAAAUAUAACUGCUGCACGUUCAGACAUAACUAUUUUUAGUUUUGUCUGCCUUUUAAAAAAAACGAAAAGAUAGGACCGCUGAUGACUUCAUUUGACAAGUCUUUGACAGAUGCACUUUAGAGCUUAUCAUAUUUAUACUUGUAACUGUCCUUAUUGUUUGGGAGAAGGAUGCUUACAUUUCUGUGUUUGUCAUAUAAAGUGUGUAUGUUGUUGUUACUCAGAUUUUUCUAUUAUUCACCUCUUAAAGUCUUUCUUACAUGGGCACAUACAUAAAGACAUCCCUAAUGAUAUCUUUCUUAAAAUAAACAACAGUCCACCCCCACACAUUGAUGAAAUGCUUAAUAUUUAUUAAUGAAUAACACUUAUUUAAUUCACGGUUGGUUUUUAGAAUACUAAGUAUGCAACGUGUGUGUAAGUGUGAGUGUCGGUUGUAAUCUGUUUAUCCUGUAAUCCUAUCGAGUAAACGGUAUUAGGAUGGGGGAGGGAGGGUUAUGGUAUUUAUGAUAUGUCUACAAGUAAGAUGCUUGCCAUAAAAAAAAUCUUUUGUAAGUCUUUUUUUAUUGAUCAGCUGUUGCAAAAACUUUUAAUGCUGUUAUAGUAUCUACAGGAGUUUGCUCUAAUAAAGUUUCUUUCCAUACAUA